UCUCUAUUCACUCUAAAUUUCUCCUCUGUUACUUUAAAAUCUUUCCCCUUGUUCUAUCACCAUGGAAAAAGUCACUCUCCCUCUUUGUUGUCAGCCCCCUAAAGCGCUGGAAUAUCCCUGCACAGGAGCUGGAGGCCAAACCUACAGCCAGGUUUGGGAACGGUCCAUGACAAAGGCUGGUACCCCCUCACUGGCAGUAUUGCUGCCCUGGGGGUGCUCCUGAGCUGCUGGUUCCAGUCUCUGCUGUGGGCUGAGCUGGGAAUACAGAAACCUCCUGGGAAGUGCCAUUGCUCUCCCUCUAGCAGCUCCCAGGGUGGCUGUGAGAUUUGGAGCCACCUUAAAACCGAGGUGGAAGCCGCACCCUCUGGUAACCACAGUUGGUAGCAACAGCGCUGGACCUCCCGGGAGACGUUCCUUAGAGAUCCUCGGAUCCUUCCUUGGCUUCUCAGCCGCUGCCUGCCCAACUCUGUGCAGAGAUCCCGGCCUCUGAGCACAUGGAUCUUGGGAUUGUUGCAGAGAAUGAGACUGUGAGUACUCUGACAGAGCGCCUUGCUGACUGAAAAUUCAGGUGCAGCUGGAGGACAGGAACGAGGGGAUGCGCCACCUUGGAGACCCCCAGGAGGAGAUGGGGAAGCUGCCUGGCUCCAAGACAGAUUUCCCAGGCAGGAUGGUCCUCAGUGAAGAGGAAAAACUGAAGAUUUCCAAAGACCUUGUGGACCUCCAGAUCGAGACAAACAAAAUGAAGGAGCGUUAUGAGACUGAGAACUUCGAACUGAAAAAUACGCUCCAGGCCCUGGAGAGCCGAGUGCAGGAGCUGGAGCUGUGCAGUGCCAGGGUCACGGAGGAGCGAGAUUCCUUGCGGGAGCGCCUGCAGGUCCUGGAGAGCAGCCGGCAGCAGCUGGUGGAGGAGUUCAUCAUCCUGAAAAGCAACUACCUGGCCCUUGGCAGAGAGCUGGACCAGGAGGUGAUGAGGAAUGAGGAGCUGACCCAAGAGCUGCUCAGCCUGGCCAAAGAGAGCCCCCACCCCGCUGGCUCAGCCCAGCAAUCCUCCCCCGAGCUGCGAAGAGGGAGAGCAGCAGGACAUCCCCGCUCUGCUCGGAGGGGGAAGCCCGAAGACGCAGCUGCCCCUGAACAUGAGCAGCAGGAGCUGGAAAGAAACUUGCUUGGAAACCAGGAUCACAUAAAAGUGGAGCUUGAAAAACUGAAGAAAGCCCACGAUGAGCAGCAGCAGAAGCUGGAGGAGCGAGUGCUGGCGCUGGGGAAGGAGCUGCAGGAGGCGAAGGGAGCGAUCGGGGACAGCCGGCACCGGCUGGCGGAGCAGUCAGCGGUGCUGCUCACGUCCCAGAGGCAGCUCCAGGAGGUGGAGGCAGAGAACUCCCGGCUGCAGCUCCGGCUGAAGGAGCUGAAUGAGGAAUAUCGCUCCCGGCUGGCGCAGUACAUCAGGGAUGUGGCGAACUACAUGGACAGCAAACCCAGCAGCGUGACAGGACAUGACAAGGUCCCGGCUGGCCAGGCUGCCAUGAAGCACUUUGUGGACAGCAUGCUCAGGGAUAUCCGGGCUUCCUACAAGUCCCGGGAGGAGCAGCUGGCGCGGGCAGCACGUGGGUACAAGAAACGCAUGAAGGACUUGGCCAAGAAGCACGAGAACCUGCUGAUUGCCUAUGGGUGGCCAGAACCAGCAGGUCCCAGUGAGUGGCACCUUCAGGAGCAGCAGAACUGCUCAGUGAUGUCACCCAAAGGAGGGCCUGACCCCUGUGGCUCGUUACAGGCUGCAGCGGGAGCAGAUCCGCUCCCUGGGGAGCAGUGCCGUGGAUUGUGGCCCUGCCGAGCUCCACUUCUCCAUCACGGACCCAGAGCUGCUGACAAACAGCUCCCGGGAGCUGAAUCGGCUGCGGGAGGAGAAGGCAAAGCUGGAGAUGCAGCUCCAGGAGCUGCAGAAGAAGGAUCUGGAGCAGGAGAGGAGCCAGCUGCUGACCCGGGCUGUGGUGGCAGAGGAGCAGGUGUCGGAGCUGCAGGAGUACAUAGAUCAGCACCUUGCCAGGUACAAGCAGGAGAUCCUCCGGCUGCGGAACGCCGAGAGCAGCGAGGUGCCCCGAGCGCCCCGCGCCAGGACCGCCAGCCACCAGCCAUAGCAGCCCCAGCCUUGGGAACACCAGCAUCCCAAGGCAGGUCUGCGUUUUAUGGACUGCCAGGCAAGGAUCCUGCCCGGGCUGGGAGCUGGGAACAGCGAGGGAACCCACGUGGGUGUUCCUGGUCUCAAGUUCACAGGACUCAAACGAGACAAGACAAUUGCGUCUCAUCCGUCCCCAGCCACCCGCCGGCCGCGGGAAUUCUGCUCCUCCCUGAGCAUGCCUCGGACACGGGGUCAGCUUCCCAGGCAGCUCUUUACUGCUGGGCUGCAGGGACAGGUUCCUGCUCUGGCUGUAAUGUUUUUCCUGGAUGAGAGCUGGACCUGGACCAAGGGCUGCUCCUGCCUUGCUCCCCUCGUGGCUCCUGCAAGACAGAGCCAAGGCUGGCUCAGGCCAGGAUUCGUUCUGGGGUUGGACAAAGGAAUGAGCUGCUCUUUUACUGGGAGGGUGGUGAAAGGUGCCCAGAGAGGCUGUGGCUGCCCCUGGAUCCCUGGCAGUGUCCAAGGCCAGGUUGAACAGGGCUUG